UACAUAUCUUCAGUAAUUAAUCAGUGGCAAUGAACAAUUUGCAUUUAUUUUCCCUUUUUCUGUUAAAUUUUAAUCAAUAUAUCUGAGAAUGCAGUUCUGGACGAAUGGGUACCUCUCUGUUCUGAUUCUCCAAAGUAAGCUUCUCCAAAAAUGGCGGCUUUUGGUUCCCUUCCCUUACUAACAAACCCCUCUCAAUUAACGAUAUUUGUUCUACAGUUCCGCUCUCAUCGCAUUUUCAAUGUUUUGUCCUUUCUUUAUAGGAGUUUCUCCUGUUUUGAUUUCAGAAUCGGUAUUGUUAUGUCUCCUAUGUAGUUUGGCACUAUUAUUCAAAAUCAGGGUAUUGAAAAGAUAGGACUAUUCUCCUCGAAUCUGAAAUCCUUCUCUCUGCAUCGUACUUCAGUCUGUCUAUAGCUCUCACUGAUCCCUCUCUUCUUCCCAAACGUAAACUUUCAUUGCUACUGCUACCAUUUCGAAUCCCUUUCUUCUCUUUCUGUUUCUACUGAUUUCUUAUAUCAUUCUGACUAAUUUUCAAAUGCAACUCAAUUUUCUAUUAGGUUUUCACCGCAAUCCGUCAUUCCUCUCUCUCUCUCUCUCUCUCUCUCUCUCUCUCUCUCUCUCUCUCUACUUUAAUGAGAUGAAGAAAUAGAAGGUUUCUCACUUGGGUGAUGAUUUCUGUCGCUUCUUUGGGUCUGAAAUUCUUAGUUAUGUUGGAAUUGCUUGUUUGAGUGCUGUUUGAAGAAAUCAAAUUUAAUAAAGAUGCCUACUUUUGUGCAAUUUUGGUUUAUACACAACAUGGGUCGUGUAAAAGGUUUGCAUUUGUUUGCAGAGAGAGUUCAGAACUUCAGAUGCUAUCUUGGUGUUCCACUCAUGUGUUAUGGAUUUAUAUGGGGAGAAUGUUGAUGUGUGUGUGGGUAUCCUCCCAUGCACACACCAUCAAUUUCAACCGCAUCCUGCUCAUUAAAAGCCAUGUCUAGAUGUGCUUAAACCUCCAGAAACCAUUGUUGGAAAAUCUAAAACAUCGGAUCGAGGUCUUAACCCCACACGCCCUAGGCAUCCUUUCAGCUUCUAACUCACCAAAAAUUGGGAGAUCCUGUGAUGCAGUGAUCUGGGUCUCCAUCCACCAGGGAUCCCUGGUAGGUUGGUCUCGAUGCAGAAAAUAUGGUGACACUGUUAAGGGGAAUGAAUUAUGAGAGAUGAGAGGUGUGUUUUUCUCAUUUAAGAACCAAUACCAUUUUUGGAGAAAAUAAUGCGAACUAACAUAAAGAGGGGUGAUCCACUUAUAGAAAAUGACAACCAAAUCAGCUCGCAUAAGCUCUUUUAUCUUCAAAAGGGUGGAUCAAGUGAUAUAUUUCUGAAAGCAAGGAAUUUGAGGAAAUAUGGAGUGUCUUUUUAUGUUGUUUGAGUUAUAACUGAAUGACUUCUGGACCACAAGUUGAUUGAAUUCAUCAUCAACUUUCCCUUCUGCGCUUGAGAAUUUCAGGAUUUUCAUAUCCACUUGUGGCAUGAACAUAUUCAAGCAAAUACUUCCCUCUAAACCUCGCUUUAAAGGGAUCAGUAAGUGGUCUAGAGUAACUUGUCUUUCUUUCCUCCAUUCAUCUCCUACUCCCUCAGUUGAAGUUCAUUCUCCAGAACAGGAAGUAGUAAUUGCUUUGGGGAGCAAUGUGGGUAAUAGACUUUAUAAUUUCAAUGAAGCUUUGCAUUUAAUGAAGAAGCUGGGUGUCCAGAUCACAAGACAUGGAUGUUUAUAUGAGACACAGCCUGCCUAUGUUACUGAUCAGCCGUUUUUCCUCAACUCUGUGAUUAGAGGUGUUACAAAACUUGGACCACAUGAAUUAUUGGCGGCAGUUAAGAAAAUUGAGAAAGACAUGGGUCGAACCGCUGGAAUAAGGUAUGGCCCGAGACCAAUUGACCUAGACAUAUUGUUCUAUGGGAAUUUCAAGAUCAAUUCUGACGCUCUUACUGUUCCACAUGAGAGGAUUUGGGAAAGACCCUUUGUAAUGGCCCCACUAAUAGAUAUACUUGGAUUGGCCAUAGAAAGUGAUGUAGUGGCAAGCUGGCAUGCAUUUUCCAAGCAUUCAGGAGGAAUUUUUGAAUCAUGGAAGAAACUUGGUGGUGAUUCCCUCAUUGGAAGGGAUGGACUUAAACGGGUUUUGCCUGUUGGAAAUCACCUAUGGGACUGGUCAAAGAGAACCCAUGUCAUGGGUGUUCUUAACCUGACUCCUGACAGUUUCAGUGAUGGUGGAAAGUUUCAAUCAGUAGAAGCUGCAGUUUCUCAAGUCCGCUUGAUGGUCUCAGAAGGGGCUGAUAUUAUUGAUAUUGGUGCACAAUCCACUCGCCCAUUUGCAUCUUGGAUUUCUGCAGAAGAAGAGCUAGAUAGACUGAUACCUGUUCUAGAAGCUAUUCUCGAAAUACCUGGGAUAGAGGGGAAGCUUGUAUCUGUGGAUACUUUUCACUCAGAAGUUGCACUGGAAACAAUUAAAAGAGGGGCUCAUCUUGUCAAUGAUGUAUCGGGUGGGCAGUUAGAUUCUAAAAUGCUUAAGGUUGCUGCAGAUCUUGGGGUUCCUUAUGUGGCAAUGCACAUGAGGGGGGACCCCGGUACUAUGCUGAGUGAUGAAAAUCUACAAUAUGAAGAUGUCUGUGUGCAGGUCGCUUCUGAGUUGUAUUUGCAGAUCAGAGAUGCUGAAUUAUCAGGGGUCCCAGCAUGGAGGAUUAUUGUUGACCCUGGAAUUGGGUUCUCCAAGAAUACCGAGCACAAUUUGGAAAUCCUUAUGGGUUUGCCGACCAUUCGACGAGAGAUAGCAAUGAAGAGCUUGGCUGUUUCUCAUGCACCCAUCUUGAUUGGACCCUCCAGAAAGAGGUUUUUAGGUGAUAUUUGCAAUCGGCCAGAUGCUACUCAAAGAGACUCCGCAACAGUUGCUGCAGUCACUGCAGGGAUUUUGGGUGGUGCAAACAUCAUAAGAGUCCACAAUGUUAGGGACAACUUGGAUUCUGCAAGGCUCUGCGAUGCAUUACUGAAGCAUGGAAGAGCUCUUUCGUGAUUUGGUGAAUUCAUCAAUGGGUUAGAUGUCUUUCUUAGGGGUGGGGAUGUAAGAGGAAAAGAGACAUAAGGGAGCUGGGUUAGCUGCCACCUACUCUUUCUGCGAUGCAUUAUUGCUCAUGCCCUCAAUUUUGUUUUGCAGCAAAAAACUUGCAUGGCUGACUGGCAGUACCAUAGGUAGCUUGAAAUUUCUACGAAAAAGAAUGAAGAAAAUAUAUAUAUUUCUCAGAAUAAAUUCUUAGAACAUGAA